UUCAAAACUAAAAUAUUUAUAUAUUUGUAUACUUUUUUUUUUUUGUAAUCAUGUCAAAAAAUACUUCACUUGCUAGUCUUAUUGCAGAUCUUGAAUCAACAGCUCCUAAAGACUACGAUCCUGAGGACAUUGUUGAACCUUUAAAUGAUAAUCAACUAGAAGAUAAUAGUGAAAACGAGAAUGAUGAAUCAGCUGCUCGUGAUCAUUACGUCUCAGUUGGUAAAAGUAAACUGCGUAAUGAUCAACCUUUAUUAGACGAUCCUCGUUAUGCUGGUAAACGUACAAGUCGUAAAGAUAUUUUUUCAGAUGAGGAAAAGGAUGAAGAUGAUGAGGAAAACCAAUCCGAAGAGGAAAUCGAUAAUGAAGAGAGCCGGAAAGAUAUUGAUGCAAGCGAUAAUGAUGAUAGUUUCGAUGAUGAUGAGGAUUUAUUAAAUAAAGCCGAAACCUAUGUUGAAGAGGAAGUCAGUGAUGAUACAGACCAGUCAGAAGAAGAUGACUCUGAGAAGGAAGAAGGAGAAGAAGAAGAAGACGUAGAAGAAGAAGAAAAUGACAAUGACGAUGAUGAUGAUGAUGAUGAUGAUGAUGAUGAAAUCAAUACCGAGCUUAAAAAGAUUCAAGAAGAAGAAAAAAAUAUGAUUUCUCAGUUAUCUAAAAGUGCUCAAGCUGAUGUUGAGAAGGGUCAACAUGUUAGACAACAAUUGACAUUAUGGGACAAUUGCUUAGAAAGUCGAAUUCGUAUGCAAAAAGUGAUAGAUGAUGCAAAUAAACUUCCUCAAAAAGAUGCUUGGUAUGACUUUUUAGCCAAGACAGAAGGCAUUGAAAUUGAGUUAGAAGAAGUGAAAAACGAUUUACAUGAAAUUAUUGAUGAUUUAAUGGAUAUUCGUUCAGGCUUAUUGACACAAAAUGGAGCAGUAGAACUUCCAGAAGACGAUUAUAAUUCAAGAAAAAGACAUAUAGAUGAUGACGAUGAUGUCUAUAUCGAUACACUAUGGAAAGAUAUCUCAAAGUUAAAUGAAGUUUUCACGCCUUAUCGUAACAGCACAUUAGAAAAAUGGAGUAAUAAAGUUCAAGCAGCAGCAGGCGCACGUUUGAAUAAGAAAUUCAAAGCAUUUGAUCAAAAUGUGAUGACUCAGAUUGAAACUAUUAUGGCAGACAAGACCAGUCUGAUUAAGAGAACACAAUUACAAAGAUCAGAUUAUAAGAUAUUGGGUAAAAUUAGUGUGACAGUUGAAAAUCAAAAAGAAGAACAACAACAAGAAGAGAUUGAUACGGGAAAGAAGGCUGAUCGUCAUUUAAAUACCUACGACGUUGAAAUCUUUGAUGACCAAGACUUUUAUCAGCAACAAUUACGUGAAUUAAUUGAAUCUCGUAUGGUCGACACGAAUGAUCCAGUAGCUAUUGGCAUGAGAUGGGCUGCUCGUAAACAGACCGAGAAUAAAAAGAAAAAGGCAAAGACAAUUGAUAGAAAAGCUAGUAAAGGACGAAAACUUCGAUUUAACGUUCAUGAAAAACUUCAAAAUUUUAUGGCACCUAUUCCUAAUGGUGAAUGGCAUGAAUCGAUGAUUGAUGAAUUAUAUUCUUCUUUACUCGGUCAAAAACUAAAUAAUGAAAGUAUACAAGAAUAAGUAAAUUAUGAUAAUAAAGAUGAUUAGAGAUUUAUAAUAAAAUAAAAAG